AUGUCGAGUCCUAAGAGAACAACGCCCUCGGAAGGGUCCCCCCGCCGGCCGAGUCGCAAAGCGCCCAGUGUCCCGGAUGUAUCGUCGCAGUUAAGUUGUACACGCGAGAAGAUUCCUUCACCGGCCAGAUUCGGCCUUCUGGUUCUGAGCAGCCUGGUCUUGAGUUCUGCUCUUUUCACGCUCACCUCCGCGAUCACCGUUGGCGAUCUGUCGUCCGUGAGCAAGCACCUCGAGAACUGGUGGGAAGUGGGCGGCCUGAUAGCAUGGAGGGCAGUUGAGCUGGGACUGGCGUGGAUUGCGGGAUUUGACGGACGAGAUGUGUUCUUCUUUACCCUGCUCACCCACGUGCCAACCUUCUUCUUGCUGCUUCACUUCUAUGGAGUCCGGCCGACAACUAUCGUCACAUCCUUCACGAUAGACAUCCUAUCCAUGACUGUCCCGUUCAUGCUCCUCCGCCGGCCCAGCUCGGUACACAGUCUCUCCGGCGCCCGGUCCGAAUCCGUCUCAAACCACGGCAUUCUCCAAGAUCGUCUGACGAGUAUCUAUACUUCUGUCGCGGCAUCUGCGAUCUUCUCGGUGUUUCUGUAUCUCAGCUACUACACAUGGCUGCCUGCGUUUCUAGUCACGCACUUUGAGGACAUUCCCGAUAUCCGGGUGGUGCAUGCUGGACCUGCAGGGCUGCCCGGUUUGUUUUUGAGUCUCCUAGUCGAGGGUUAUGCUGCGCGGGAUCUUCUUUUUGUCAGCUCCGCCGGAUGGUCCGCAGAAGAGAAAUCUCCAUCUUCAAAAGAGCAGUCUGCCGUUGCCGACCGCCAGGGCGAAUAUCUCAUCACGUCAGUGUACAAUCGGACGUGGGGAACGCUGUCGCGAAAGACGAGGAUCCUCAUCACUCGCACAGUGCUUCUGGCAGCAGUUACCUUGCUGAACACAAUUGUUCAGGUGUCCGGGACGAUAAAGGGUGUUGAUGUGCAAGGUUCGGCGGGAUGGGGAGCCAUCUGGGCCGCGGCACAGCUGACUAUUGGAUUAAUGUUUGGCUGGAUCGAAGCUGUACCUGGAGUAUGA